AUGAAUCAAUUAAGUAAAGAAAUAAAACUAUGUGGUGUAUAUGAAUGUAAUUAUACAAACACAGGUGGAGAAAUUAUUCAUAUUUCACCGACUAAUAAUUAUUAUUCAGAUUUAAAUAUUAAUGAAGAAGUUACAAAAGUUUUACUUCCAUAUUAUAUUGAUGUGAAUUUUGAUGGAAUUAAUCAAUUUGAAAGUCAAUAUCACAUAGUAUUAAGGUUUAAUAAUACAUCAGAUAACAUUAUGGUAAGAUUAAAUAGGAUGUAUAUAGUGCACGAGGGUAUUCCUGUUCAAGUUCACAAUCUAAAUUGUUAUUUACUCGGCAAAACAACCAAAAUUAGUAAUGAUAUGAAGCUAAGUCUAUUGGGAUCUUCUUCAAUAAAAAACAAAUCACAGUAUUUCAAGUCAAUCAGAGUAGUUAUUAAAAUUGACAAUUUGGGGAAUGAAGAAAUAAAUACAGGAUUUAGCAAUAAAAAUUCGAUUAGAAUUCUGCUAGAUUAUUUCGUAGAUUUCCAUGGUUUAAUUGCAAGUAUUAACGUAAUUCAAAGUGAUAUAAAGAAUAUUAAUUUUAUAAGGAACUCACCUAUUGAAGAAUCUGAAGAAACAUUUUCAGAAACUUGUAGUGAAGAUCAUUCGUUUGCUCCAAUAUUAAUGCCUACAAUGGGGCACAGAUAA